AAAUUGUAUGAUAGAAUAAAUAUUAUUAAGUAUAACAUUUUUGACAUCAUAUAAAUAUAGACAGAAAAUUUUGUAUGUGUUAUCGUCUUGUUGAUUUUAUUUAUAUUAAAAAAUGAUAUACAGUACGGUUUUUGUGAAACAGUAUAAUCUUAUAUUUCUGACGACACUUUUGUGACUAAUAAAAUUUUUGAAGUUCUACGUAUAUACUGCAUGUGUCUACAAGCUCCUUUGACAAAGCACAGCUUCACAAAUUAAACUAGAAAUUCAUUUGUAGAAUAAAUUUUACUCAUGCACAUUUCCACCUCGCAGUUUUGGAAGCGAAUUUUGAAACGGUGUAAUGGAUUGAAACUAGUAAAUCUUCAAACAUAUUUAAAACCGUAUAGAAUAAAUUUAUUUAUCGCAAGAAAUAGAACACAAAUCACAAUUUUACAGGAAGAUAAACUUUUAGAAAUAGAAAUGCUACAUCCCAAAGUAGACAAUUUAUGCUGGUUGCACAAAGUUGCACCAGGAUUUCCUAUAAAUGGUUCAAAGAUUACAAUAAUUCAUGAACCUGUUCAUUUUUAUGGUACAUUAUUAAAAAUGUGUAAAUUUGCUAAAAAGAGAAUCACAUUUGCAUCCUUAUAUUUGGGAACUGGGAAGUUAGAAUCUGAAUUGGUACAAACAAUAGAGCAUGCUAUUCUUUCAAGCAAUGGAAAUAUUAAAGCAAGAUUUUUGUUAGAUUACAUGAGAGGUUCUAGAGGUACACAGAAUUCACGUAAAAUGUUAGAACCAUUGCUCAAAGGAAAAUAUGCUCAUUGCUCUGAAGUUUUUCUAUAUCAUACACCUAAACUUCGUGGACUUUUAAAAGUUAUUAUGCCGGAUCGUUACAAUGAAGUUAUAGGUUUACAACAUAUGAAAUUGUAUAUGAUAGAUGAUACUUUGAUAAUAAGUGGUGCAAAUUUAAGUAACGAUUAUUUCACGAAUCGGCAGGACCGAUAUUUUAUAAUAGAAGAUGCUAAGGAACUCUGUGAUUUCUAUGAUGACUUAGUUAAAAGGGUGGGAGAAUUUAGUUUUGUUUUACAAUCAGAUGGUAGUACAAAGUUAAACUCUACAUUAAGUUCUCAUCCAUGUGAAGGACCAAAGCAAGAAUUUUCUGAGGAAGCUGCACACAGAAUAAAAACGCUUUUCCAAAAUGAAAUUCAAAAACGUAUUGAGCUUAACAAACAAAAAGAGGCUUCAGAUGUAGAUACUUGGAUUUUUCCAUUAGUACAAAUGGGUCAACUUAAUAUAUUACAUGAUAGUGAAGUGACAUUGAAGUUGUUACAAUCAGCUUCAUUGGGAGCAAGACUUAAAUUAGCAACUGGAUAUUUUAAUUUAACUUCAGAUUAUAUCAGUGCUGUACUUAAACAAUGUCAAGCUACGUGUGAUCUUCUAACAGCACAUCCUACUGCUAAUGGAUUUUUUAGUGCGAAAGGUAUUGCAAGUAGUAUUCCAGCAGUAUACACAAAAAUAGAAGAAUUAUUUUAUAAAACGUGUGAAAGAUUAGGUCAACAAGAAAGAGUAACAUUAUGGGAAUUUAUUAAACCAGGAUGGACAUAUCAUGCUAAGGGCCUUUGGUAUUUUUUACCAGGUCAACAAAGACCUUGUCUGACUCUUGUUGGAUCACCUAAUUUUGGUUACAGAUCAGUAAACAGAGAUUUGGAAACACAAAUUGCAAUUGUAACUAAAAAUGAAAAAUUACAAAUGGCUUUGCAAGAAGAACAGGAACGUUUGUUUACGUGUGCUAAACCAGUUACAAAAAGAACAUUUUCUCAAGAAGACCGAAUACCUCCAGCUUGGAUACGCACAACAGUUGUGUUAUUUCGAUAUUUUUUUUAG